AACAUGUGUCUCCAGACCUUACUACCCGAAUCCCUUCUCGCGGUGCCAUUGCCAGCUUGGGCUGGUUUUUAUGGUGAUGGUGAGGAUGAAGACGAGGAUGAGGUUGGGGAUUGCACGGCGUCGGGUUUGCAUACCACGCGAUCGUAUUCACUGUUAUACGUGACCCGAUCCGCCAGGUCAAUUAUCUUCAUGAUACAAAAGGAUCGUGCAGGGCGCAGAGACUGGACACCCGCUCACAAAGUAUGUAUUUCCGCGAGGGAUCAGGUUGAAUUAGGCCGGUCUUGCUGGUACAUGAUCGUAGAUUUGACGUUUGCCGUUGUGGCACACAUGUUCGAAAGUUGCCAUUGACCAAUUUGCAGCACCGCGCCUUACAUCAGCAGCAAGCCCAACAAUGAUCGCGCUUUGUGAGACGGAAUGGAGUUGCGUGCGUCGCCUGAGCAGCACAUUUGCGGACAACGCGUCGUUGGCCCAGGCGGUCGUUUGCAUCACCGCGGCGCAGUUUUUUUCGUUGGCAAGUGUGUUGAUCGGGCUCGCCACAGCAGAACCGCCCCCGCCCACCAAAGAGCCCCCUGGCCAUGGCCGCCUCCGCCCCUCGCCGCGGCCGCGCCGGCCUGCUGGCGCUGGUCGGCUGCGGAAUUGCCGCCUGGGGCGGCUCGCGGGCCUUCCUGUUCGGGGGCGGCGACCCGGAGCCCGGGUCCCCCGAGGCCAUCGAGCGCGUGAAGGGCCUGCUGCUCAAGGCGGACGCUGUGUUCUUCGACGUGGACAGCACCGUGGUGAAGACGGAGGGCAUCGACCUCAUGGGUAAGUGCUUUGGUGUCAUGAAGGAGAUCGCCGAGCUGACCCACAAGGCCAUGAACGGAAACGUGAAGUUCCAGGACGCCAUGGCAGACAGGCUACAGCUCAUGGCCGACCACGGGAUGACCCGGGACACGCUGGAGGAGUGCGUCGUCAAAGAAGGUGUGCCCCAGUGGUCGCCUGGUGUGCAGGAGGUCGUGAAGAUGUUCCACAAACAGGGCACGGAGGUUUACCUCGUCUCCGGCGGAUUUAAAACAUGCUCUACCCGCUUGCGCUGGAAUUGCACAUCCCCCAGAACAAGGUGUACGCCAACGAGGUGCUCUUCGACGAGAACGGCGAGUACGCGGGCUUCGACAGGGCGAACCCCACAGCCGCCUCCGGCGGCAAGCCCAAGGUUCUCAACAUGAUGAAGCGCAAGCACGGCUACAAGACCAUGAUCAUGUUCGGCGAUGGGGCCACCGACAUGGACGCGCGCACACAGGGGCCCGCAGCAGCUUUCGUGGGUUACGGCGGGGUGACCGUACGGCCGAACAUCAAGGCGGGUGCGGACUGGUUCAUCACCAGCUUUCAGGAGAUUCUGGACGUGCUCCCCAAGGGCCAUGCGCUGUGAGCAAACCUGGCACCAACGCAGUGGGGAGGUUUCGGUGGUUGCCGAACUGGCCCGGUCGGAGCAUGCCGAGGCACAAUACUAGCACCAGACCUCGCGACAUUGCAAUGAGAGUGUUCCCGCCGCCUGAAUUUUACAAAGACUCUGCUCUUUUUUCGAGUUUUGCAUUUCGAUCGCCAAAAACAUAUAUGCAUGGGCAGGGACGCCUCCAAGCUGCGAUGAACGCAACUAAGCUACAGUGCGCCAUAAUAUUUGCACUCUCCCAGGGGAGCUGCCCGGACGAUUCGACACGACCUGCAAAGUUGCAUUGAU